UGAAGCUACGAUCGUCGAAACCAAAAACUUACAACACGAAUGUUGUGAGGAACUGCGAGAUUAGGCUACUGGUCAAAGGAAAACUCAAACGAUCGAUCGUGCGCGACGAAUCUAACAAAAUUCGUCAAGAACAGCUUCAAACGGGAAGACGAAAUUAAGAACUUACAGCCGACGAAACUACGAACCGAUCGCCUGAAUGGAACCGUAGCAUCGAGGUGCAUCUUUUUCGUGUGGAGCUUACCUCGAAUCGAAGCACCGUUGUGUAGAUCGGAAGGGGCAAGGAAGAACAGAAUUAGAGGGAAGGUUACUUGAUGUAGGAGAAGAUAAGCACAGCGAGGCAGUCCGGAGGUGCUUUAAGUUUCGUGCUAUACAAGUUUUGUGCUAUACAGGUCCAAUAGUAAAAUCAGACAACCAAACAGCCCAUUCGCUUUCCGCGCGGGCCUGAUUGGGCUUCACACAUGCAAUCAAACACGCCCUUACAUAGCGAGGCAGUGGCAUCUUCCUCCGCAUCUCAGUUCCACCCGGCACAUACUCGCCCAUGUCAACGCGCACGGCCGUUUCUUUACUCCAGCACGUAGCCAUCACCGGUACGGCCACCAUCUACCUCGCGCCUGAUAAAACAAAGCAAAAUCUAAGCUGCAGUCAGAUCAGUGCCCUCCCUAAUCAAACCCGACCGCAGGUUCCAAUCUUUUCCCCGCGGGCUCUCGCUCGGCCGAUCGGUCGCUGCCGCGGCGGCGGUCUCGGAAUGGCGCCGAUACGCGUGCUCACGGCGCUGGACCACGCCCGCACGCAGUACUACCACUUCAAGGCCAUCAUCAUCGCCGGCAUGGGCCUCUUCACCGACUCCUACGACCUCUUCUGCAUCGUGCCCGUCAUGAAGAUCAUCGGGCGCGUGUACUACCCUUCGCCCGCCGGCGACGGGAGGCCGGGCGUGACGCCGCCCGCCGUCGUCUCGGCCACGGUCGGCGUCGCCCUGCUGGGCGCGGUGGUCGGGAACCUCCUCUUCGGCGCGCUCGGCGACCGCGUCGGGCGCCGGCGCGUCUACGGCCCGUGCCUUCUGCUGCUGGUGUGCAGCUCCGUCGGGAGCGGCUUCUCCAUCUGCCGCACGCGCCGCUGCGUGCUCUCCAGCCUCUGCUUCUUCCGCUUCAUCCUCGGGGUGGGCGUCGGGGGAGACUACCCGCUGUCCGCGACCAUCAUGUCGGAGUUCGCCAACAAGCGCACGCGGGGAGCGUUCAUCGCCGCCGUGUUCUCCAUGCAAGGGUUUGGGAUACUGGCCAGCUCCGGCGUCACCAUGGUCGUCGCCGCCGCGUUCGACCGGUUCGCGGGCCACCCGGACCCGCUCGACACUCCGGAGGCCGCCGACCUCGCCUGGCGCGUCAUACUCAUGGCCGGCGCCGUCCCUGCCGGGCUCACCUUCUACUGGAGGAUGGCCAUGCCAGAAACAGCCAGGUUUACGGCGCUGGUACAGCGCGACGUGCUCAAGGCGACCAGCGACAUGGGCUGCGUCCUCACCGACCUCGACCUGAACGCGAUGUACGAGGGGGAGGACGCGGCGGCCAUGCCCCGCACCCCGGCGCCGUUCGGGUACGCGCCGGCCGCUCAGUACGGCCUCUUCUCCCGCGGGUUCCUACGGGAGCACGGCCGGAACCUCUUCGGGUGCGCGGCGACGUGGUUCCUGCUCGACAUCCCCUACUACAGCAGCACCCUGUUCCAGUCCCAGAUCUACCGGCCGUGGUUCCCGCCGGCGAGCCACCAGAACGUGUUCCAGGAGGCGUACAACGUCGCCAGGUUCCAGGCCAUCAUCGCAGUCGCCUCCACCAUCCCGGGAUACUUCGCCGCCGUCCUGCUCAUCGACCGCACCGGCCGGCGCCGCCUGCAGAUGGCCGGCUUCUUCCUCAUGGCCGCGUUCCUCUUCGCGCUCGCGGGCCCGUACGACCACUACUGGCGCGGCAACGCCAAGAACGCCUGGUACAUCGUGCUCUACGCGCUCACCUUCUUCUCCGCCAACCUCGGGCCCAACACCACCACCUUCAUCCUGCCGGCCGAGCUCUUCCCGGCGCGGUUCCGGUCCACGUGCCACGGGAUAUCCGCCGCCGCCGGGAAGGUCGGCGCGCUCGUUGGCUCGGUGGGGUUCCUUUGGGCGUCGCAGUCGCGGGACAGGGGAGAUGUGCAGGCCGGGUACGAGCCCGGCAUCGGCAUGAUGUACGCGCUCAUCAUUCUUGGAGCCAUCAGCCUGCUCGGGCUCGUCGUCACCUACUUCUUCACGCCGGAGACGAUGAGGCGGUCGCUGGAGGAGAACGAGAGCGAGCGGGACCAGAACCAGGACGGCGACGGCGGGAUGUGCUUCCAGGAACUAACUCUGACGCCCAAGAGCCCGGGGUCCUUGGUGAGCUCGCACGUCAGCACCUCGCCCAUCCAUCCGCACCGCUUUUCGGUAUGAUGGAACUUUGAAAACUUAGCGCCACGCAUAAGCAGUUCCGCUUUUCGGUUACUGGCACGUGAAAUACAGAUGUAGAUAAUCCUACAAAAAAAAUACAUAUGUGCUGUCUGUCAUCUUCGUCUCCGGCGUUUCUCAAAAAAAAAUACAUAUGUAGAUUUCCCGCAUGGUUGCUUCGUUUGAUUGGUUGAGAUAAAAUUACAACAUAGCUCAAACUUUGUAAAGGUCUCGUCGUAUGUAACUAGCUAUGCUAUUAUAUAUGUGAGUUGGUGAUGGUGAUUGUGGUGUCACACAAAACACAAAUAUGUUAGUCAGGUCGGUCGGUAC